AUGUGGGGCUCACCCGCAAUCACAGGAGACUCCACUGUCCAACUGCCAACAGAGUCUCACGAGUAUAUGGGAAACAACCCUUGCGAGCGACUUGCUGACUAUUGGGUCACAUCUGUUCCUGGGAAAAUCACUCCUACUCAUUUUAUUGCUAAGUUUAUUACUUUCAGGCAAUUUGCUCUGAUUUCCCGAUAUAUCAGGGCUUUUCCUCCCUCUGACGAGCCUGAGAAUGACGAGCCUGAGAAUGAGGUCGAGCGCAUGAUAUCGCGUGUUCAGGAGUGGGGAGACCUUAUCCAAGCCGUAUCAACGCAGCUUCUUAUUCCAGGGCUGCGCAAACGCCUGCUCGCCGCCGCGAAACAUUCUCACAGCUUCACCGAAAAACAGCGUCUUGUGCUUGAUCUUGCAGUAUCUCUGCCCCCUGCAACUUAUCACAUAUUCUUCGAUAAACUCUUUUCAACACCAUCGCUUAUAAAAGCUUUGCGAGAGCGAGGCGUCGCGGCUACAGGCACAGCUUCUACCAAUCAGGGUGUUGAUCACGGUGUUUAUCGCGACUUGGUGAUCGCGAAGCAGGCCGACCGCGAAGGCCGUCUGCAGUGGGGCUUUGAUUCCCUUCGAGCUGUACCAUCAGAGGAUGGCCUAGUUAACCAUACUGCGUUCAAGGAUAAGUGCAUCGUGUUGUGGAUGACCUCCUUCAGCGGCUCCGAGACCGCCCAGCACCUUCGCAGCCGUCCCAACACAACUCAGGCGCAAGCUCGCGAGGCUCGCUUCUUCGGCUUGGAUUACGAACGCAUGAUAGAUACACCUUCCAUAAAAAUCGCCUAUAAUUUCAACAUGAACGGAGUUGACCGCGGCGAUCAGCUGCGUGCCCACAGAGGCUGUGGUCAACGACGAAACCGACACGAUGGGUGGCACGCCCUUGCGUGGACUUUCCUCCUCGAUACAAUCCUUGUCAAUACAUACAUUUUACAACAGAAGGGUCAGUGCAACUGGGGGACUUACAGGUCACAGGCGGACUGGAGAGAUACCCUCACAGAAGCCCUCAUGCGGAAAUAUGCCUCCGCAAGCACCCUCCGCAGGCGAUUUCGCAGUGGGAACGAAUUCCUUCCUAUUUCACAGCAUAAGCAUGUUCAGGGCGAUAACAACGGUAGAUAUGAAGGGUGUUCGCAUCAGGCACCACUGCGACGGCUUACUCCUACGGACUUCGAGGAUGAAAUACUUCCCAGCAACAUAAUUGGCUCAGCCCUGGCCAUCCUUGCAAAGGAACAUGCAGAAUGCGGCUGA